AUGUCAUUCCAUGUCUAUCAGAUACUGGAAUUUGGACCAUUGCAACCCAAUGAACAAGUUUUUGAAAACUUCACAGACAGUAGAACAGGUGCCCCAAGCACAACUGAAGAUUUAAACACAAUUCAUCAAACAUCCUCCAAUGAAAUCACUGCUCAACAUCCAACACAUCCAACUCCUUCUGGUGAAAUUGUUCCACAUCCAAUCAUUUCAUGGGAACCCUCACAAAAAUUUAUCAGGUUGCUUUAUCCUGAGAAAGCAAAAUGGACUCAAAAGAUUGAAAAUUUUGAAUACCCAUUAAUUCAAGCAAACCUAAACCUAAGGCUCAUUGAAAAUCCAAAUCCACCAGAAAAUCGUAUAGCAGUGUGUAGUUCAUGUAAAAAAAAUCCAAGAAGGAACUUCCCUCCUUAUCUACACCCAAUCCCUGUAGAAAUCCAACAAAUACCCCUUUUCAAGAGAAAAUACUUGUCUCUGAUCUAUUUACACUCUUCUCUUGGAUGGACAUCAAACUUAGGUGCUUACUCUGAAUAUUGGUCAAUUGUUGGAACAUUUGGGUCUUUAAUUGCAGGUGCAAAUUGGUUAGCUGACAAUAAUCCAUAUUUGAGAGAAUAUAAAAAUGCACUAGUGACAAAUUCCUCAGGAUCUGUAUCUUCAUCUCCCACUGCAACACACUUACCAGAUGAUGAAACUGCUCCAGAGUUUCAAAAAACAAUAUGUAAUUCAUCAGUUCAAGUAAAGUACAUUGUGACUGACCCCCCAUCAGUCAGAUCAAAGUGCAUCCUUCCAUUUUCCAGGAUAAAUCUUGAUUAUGAUGAACUUUAUUGGAAAGACUUGAUUGAAAAAUAUUUAGCCCAACCAAAUGGGGAACCCUUUGACAAUAUAACUUACAAGGAUUACAUUGAGAAAUAUGACAUAAAACUAUCAGCAAUCAAUUCAAAGCAUGGUGAAUUGUAUUUUUAUCAAAAACUUUUGCUAAGAGUACCAGCAAGAAGUGAAGAAGAUUUGAUAGGAACCUAUGAAACCUAUCGUGAUCAUUACCUUGCAAGGUUCCCUGAAGAAUUUGGAAAUUCAAUAAAAUCAGAUCAGCAAAAUCAACAUCACCAAACCAUCAAUAUGCUUGACCAAUACAUCAAUCUCAUUGAAAAUCUCUUAUACUCUUUACAAUCACUGCUAACUCAAGAUAUUAAAGGCAUAAUCAGAAGUCAGCUUGAAAACAUCAAAAUUUUACCUCCAAUUGUUCCAAACAACAGUAUGUUGAGCUUACCUUCAUGUCAAUAUAACUGUGUGCAGACAAUUUUCAAUUACAUGGGACCCAGAGACACAUAUCAUUAUCCAUAUUUUUUCAUUAGUGGAUCAGCAGGCUCUGGUAAGUCAAUCCUGAUAAAUCUAUUUGCAAAAAAAUUCUUGGAGUUGAAUAAAAACUUCUUGCUGAUGGCACCAACUGGGGUUGCUGCUGUCAAUAUUCAAGGACAAACCAUUCAUUCAGCUCUCCGGAUAUGGUCACAUGGUGGAAGGCAUCAAACAUUAGCAUUUGCUGAUCAAGAAUUCAACCAAGAACUUUGA